CUCUUCCCUCACCUACCCUCCAUGCUCUCCCACGUCCAAAAGCCCCCCUCUCCACUCUUUAUCAUGUUUUUUUCUUUUUUUUUAUUGAUUUUUUCUUUUUUUUUCAUUUUGGCCCUCUUCUUCUUCUUCCCCGGAGUCUGCUUCUCGGGCAGGGGGCUCCUCCAUUUUUUUUCCUCACAACCCCAAUUUCCUUUUUAUUUCUUUUAUUUUUUUCCUUCCCCAACACCCAUUUUGGACGGCCAGGAACCCACACUUCUCCCCCAUUUUUUUUAAUUUUUUUUUCUUUCUUUUCCUCCUACCCAUUUUCCUUCCAAUCUUUUUCCCACCAUUUUUUUUUUCUUUCUUUCUCCUCCUCCAUCAUACCCGACUUCCAAAGGCAUCAGAAUCUUUUCUUUUUCCCUUUCAUCUCAUUUUCUUUCAAUCAUUUUCCCUUUUUUUUCCACUUUAUUUUUUUAUUUUAUUUUUUUAUCUUUAUUAUUAUUAUUAUUAUUUUCACAAACCCAUCAAUGUCCCACUGCCGCCCGUUCCUCUUCUCUCUCAUUCCCUCACUUCCCCAUCACAAUUUUCAUUAUUAUUAUUAUUAUUAUUAUUUUAUUAUUAUUAUUGUCAUUAUUAUUGUUAUUGUUAUUGAUAUUGUUAUUGUUGUUAUUAUUAUAUCAAUUACAUAUUAUUUAUUUGGACUUCGAUCUAUUGUUAAUUGGAUAUUUGUUUGAGCUUAUUAGAUUGAGCUUAAGAUAUUAUUUCUUUUAGUCACAUGUAUUAUUAAUGUGGGUUUGUUAAUUGAUAUGAAUUUUGGGCUUACAAUGUGAGUGAAGUUUAUUGGAUUAUUUGAAUAUUUGAUAUGAGUUUGGCCAAUUUGAAUUAUUUAAUUUGGAUAUAGGACAAUUGUGGUGUAUAUUAAAUUAAGCUUAGACUAUGGAAUAUUAAAUUUAGGCCUAAUAAAAUUUAUUUUAAUUUAUCCAAUUUUAGGUUUGGUUCAUUGUGUUUGUAUUUUUUUUUUUUAUGUUUUGGGUUAAGACCUAUAGUAAUUUGGGCUCAUUUUAAUUGACGAAAUUUAUGGGACUAAUUUGAAAUUGAAAUUUAGGUUUGAAUAUCUGCUUGGGAUUUUGCAAAUCUUUGCCUAUUUACAUUUAUGCUAUCUUUGUUUUUGCAUGGACCCAUUCUGCAAUCUUGUUGGCUAAGUACAAGUUGAUGACACGUGAAGCUUGUGGUGCAAUUUGGUCAUCUUGCUGUGGCCCGUGUUCGGGGUUGGUGCCCUAUAAAUAUGAGUGCUGAAAGUCCAAAGAAAACAUCGGGCAAUAAUAUUAUAACCAAUUUCCAAACCAUAGUAGAAAAAUGUCUGUUCAGUCUUCAGUGGUACUUCUUGCUCCAUCUAAAAACCUCAGCCCUGAGGUUGGCCGGCGCUGUGCAAAUUAUCAUCCCAGCAUUUGGGGGGAUCAUUUCCUUUCUUAUGCUUCUGAAUUCACAAACACUGAUGAUCAUUUGAAGCAACAUGUCCAACAGCUGAAAGAAGAAGUGAGGAAGAUGCUAAUGGCUGCUGAUGAUGAUUCUGUGCAAAAGUUGCUCUUGAUCGAUGCAAUUCAACGGCUAGGAGUUGCUUACCAUUUUGAGAGUGAGAUUGAUGAAGCAUUAAAACACAUGUUCGAUGGUUCCGUUGCCUCUGCUGAAGAAGAUGUUUAUACUGCUUCUCUCCGAUUUCGGUUACUAAGACAACAAGGUUACCAUGUCUCAUGUGCAGAUUUAUUCAACAACUUCAAGGAUAAUGAAGGAAACUUCAAGGAAUCCCUCAGCAGCGAUGUGCGGGGAAUGUUAAGCUUGUAUGAAGCUACACACCUCAGGGUGCAUGGAGAAGAUAUAUUAGAUGAAGCACUCGCUUUCACUACCACUCACCUUCAGUCCGCAGCAAAAUACUCUUUAAAUCCUCUUGCUGAACAAGUAGUUCAUGCCCUAAAGCAGCCCAUCCGAAAGGGGUUACCUAGGCUAGAGGCCAGGCAUUAUUUUUCCAUAUACCAAGCAGAUGAUUCUCAUCAUAAAGCUCUGCUGAAGCUAGCAAAGUUGGAUUUCAACCUAUUACAGAAAUUACACCAGAAGGAACUAAGUGAUAUUUCCGCGUGGUGGAAAGAUUUAGACUUCGCACACAAGCUUCCUUUUGCAAGAGAUCGAGUGGUGGAGUGCUACUUCUGGAUAUUGGGGGUGUACUUUGAGCCCCAGUUUUUCUUGGCUAGAAGGAUACUUACUAAAGUAAUAACCAUGACUUCUACUAUUGAUGACAUCUAUGACGUGUAUGGUACACUUGAAGAACUCGAGCUCUUCACUGAAGCAGUUGAGAGGUGGGACAUCAGUGUCAUAGAUCAACUACCAGAGUACAUGAGAGUGUGUUAUCGAGCACUCUUAGAUGUAUACAGUGAAAUUGAGGAAGAAAUGGCCAAGGAAGGAAGAUCAUAUCGGUUCUACUAUGCGAAAGAAGCAAUGAAAAAGCAAGUUAGAGCAUACUAUGAGGAAGCCCAAUGGCUUCAAGCACAACAAAUACCAACCAUGGAGGAGUAUAUGCCUGUUGCAUCAGCUACCUCUGGAUACCCGAUGCUUGCAACCACAUCCUUUAUUGCGAUGGGGGAUGUUGUGACAAAAGAAACUUUCGAUUGGGUUUUCAGUGAGCCUAAGAUUGUCAGGGCUUCAGCCACAGUUUCCAGGCUCAUGGAUGAUAUGGUUUCCCACAAGUUUGAACAAAAGAGAGGACAUGUUGCCUCAGCUGUUGAAUGUUACAUGAAGCAACAUGGUGCGUCGGAGCAGGAAACACGCGACGAAUUUAAAAAACAAGUAAGAGACGCAUGGAAGGAUAUCAAUCAAGAGUGCCUCAUGCCAACAGCUGUUCCGAUGACCGUCCUCAUGCGAAUUCUGAAUCUUGCACGUGUUAUGGAUGUUGUAUAUAAGCAUGAAGAUGGCUAUACCCAUUCCGGGACUUUUCUAAAGGAUUUAGUAACCUCCCUGCUUAUAGAUUCUGUGCCAAUAUGAAGCUAGCUUUCUUUCUGCUGCUUUGUUGAAAAGAUUGUCUUGCAUUUUAAUCUACUUUCUGUAAUAUGUAACCGGAUGCUUUGUUCAAAUUUUAAGAAUGCUUGGUUUAUGAUA